CCCCAUUUGCAUCUUCUUCUUGUCAAUCAAUCAAUCAAAUCUCAAACACAAGGAAGAAACAAGAGAUGAUGGAAACCUUUCUUCUUCAUCACAAGAAGGCAAAAGCAGGAUCCAUGGCAGGAUCCGGCGACCCUGCCCUCGGAUCUACACAACUUCCUUGUUAUGGCUGGCCGUCAGUGGCACAUCCAGAUGUGUUGGUGCAUCCCUUCUGCCUUUCUGAUGUCAAAGAUUGUCCACAGGUUCAGACAGAAAAGCUUAUCGUCAGAGAGAAGCAGCAGGCAGACAGAGAAACAGCCAAUUCAGCCCAAGAGUCCGAGCCCGAGCUCACCAUCCAGCCCAGGAGAGCCCACCAUCUUCAAAAACGGGAGGCCCAUCGAAUCCCGAGGCCUCAACCUAUAAGUACACCGAAAAGCCCUAAACCACACCGACUCUCUUCCCCAUUCGCCCCCGCCGCCCGGUGAGUGAGCUCGCCGCCGGGAUGAACCCGCCCCCCAAGACCUCGACCGGGACCCCCCCAGCGCACUGGGCUGAUGGCCGUCCUGCUGAGGUCCGAUUGGGCCAUGACAAGGGGGGUCCCGGCCCCACGAGUCCCCUUCUGCAGAAGCUGUUCAAUGUGUUUGCCCCAUCGUCCCGUGGAUCAACUAGGAUGCAUGAGUCCUCCAAGGAAGUUGGAAUCAAGGAUGACAAUGAUGAGUCUUGUUACAGCUGUGAGGAAAAGAUGCGUGAGUCAGUAAAGGAAGGUGGAAUCAGGGAUGAAAAUUUUGAUUCUUGUAGAUUUUCUGAGAAGUUUGGAUUAUUCAAGAGGAUAUUAUCGAUGAAGUUGUUUCACGUAGAAGACCUCUCAUCGUUUGGUGGUGAUUAUUUUUAUCGUCCACCCAGCUCUGGUUGGGGCCACAGCUGGGAUGAGGUCUCUGCUGCUGUGCGCUAUGAGCUGGAGAUAUCUCGUAUUCAGCGUGAGGACCAGCGUAGUGGCAUGCAUCACGUUCUGGGAAUGCCCAGGUACAUUGCUCGCCAGUUGUAUUAUCAGAGAAGAGUUUUACGUGAAGCACAGGUGUUGAAGAACCGUUUUGCUGAUCUAAAGAAGGCUUUCCUAGAGCGUGAGAAGUCUUCAACCAAAGGGAUGUCUGAUUUCAUGGAGGUCCUCAAAGACUUCACAGCAAGAAAUGAGCAAAAAUUGGAAGAAGGGCUUGAGGCCAUCAAAUUGGCAACACAUGAAGACUUGGUCUCCAGGCAGCGUACUUAUGAUGAGUUAGCAUCCAAGUUGAAGUCCAUGGACCAGAAGGAAAUCUCUCCAUUUCUCAGCUAUAUAGACAAUCUUGUCAGGACAGUUGAGAUACCAGUCAACAUGAGGAAGCGUCUGAGUGAGCUCCGCAAGGAGCUAUUUACGCUCCAAAGUUUGGCUAUUCAGCUACUGGUAUUUGUCACUUCUAAUAAGCUGCCGGCCCCACCCUCAGUUACUCUCCUGGAAGAAGCAAAUGCUAAAUAUGCUAAUCUCCCUCUCCCUGUUCUGGUGAGCUCUGAAGUUAAAGCUCCUCGUUUUUACAGAUCGUUUGGCAAGGAUUCGAAGGAUCUUCUCUAUAAGCACUACUGCUCUGAUGCUCCCAUGACUUCGAAGACGAUCGUCAAUUUCGACAUGAGGGGAAGGUCGUCCUUAUCUAUGCUGUUGUCUACUGACCAGCAGGUAAUGUUCAAGUGCAACUAUGCUGAUAAUUUGCCAAAAAAUCUGAUGGCUACGAUGCUCUUUGGGGUGCCAAGCAGUAACUCCAAGGUCAAGCUUCAGUAUUUAUUCCCAUAUGGUGGUCUGAACGGUAGCUUCAAUUUUGGUGAAGAAAGUGUGUUAAAGGUUGCAUUUUCUGGUGGUUAUGAUCGGUGGUAUGCUGGAGGCAAGGUUAAGGUGAAUACUUGCAAUGCUAUGAAGCAUUAUGAAUUUGGUGUUUCAUACGAGUCUGCUACUAUAAAGUUGAUAAACAGCGACAUUUUGAAGAUCUCUUUGUUUGAUCGCCCUGAUUCUGCUAUCUCUGGGGCAAUGGAGCUGAGGUACACUCGCUCUUCAAACACUGCUGUUGCUGCUGCUGGUGUUUCAUGGACGCCUGAUGACAAGACCAAGUUUAAGGCACGAGUUGCUUCCAAUGGUGAAGCAUGCCUCGUCGAGCAUUGACUUCUCUGCUUCUGCGAUGUUCAACUUUCGUGCAUUACAUGAGGCCCCCAAAGUAGGCUUCUCUUUUGAUUUCAGGCCGGCCUUCCUCUCGUCCUUUGCCUCUCCACCCUUUGUUCCAUCUGACAGCACUGCCCCGGCAGUGUGAGUUGGAGGUUACAAUGAUGUAUGGCUGCUGCUAUGAGGUCCUUGUGCUUUCAGUGGGAUGGUUGAGUGCUACUGAAUACUUGUAAGAUAUUGUUUCGUACUGCUCACUCAGAGAGAAGAGCUGAGUAUGAUUUUGCUACCAGAAAUUAAGAAACCAUCUGCUUUUAAACCUGUCAACCAUAUUUUCUGCAUGUGUGAUUGAAGUUCUUGUCA